GUGAAUGUGACAAACACAGAAAUCACAGAGAUAAGCAGAAGGGAAAGCCGGCCGGCAGAAAGAGAGAGUUUUUUUUUCCUUUUUUUUUUUUUUUUAGCAUAACAGGGAGCUCUCAUACACUCGCUGUCACGUUGUGAAGUCCUCCAGGGGAGUGUGUGCAGGCAUCUUGACACACACAUACACACACACACGGGGGCACUGGUAACUCACACACUCCUGCUGUCGGAGAGACUCGGUCGAAACGUGGACUCCUACAGGUGCUGGGAAGGGGAGAGAGGUAGAUGAAAACCAGGUGAAGACAACCAAAAAAGACAUUUGGAGGAAAAAGUGGUAAAUGAUGGAGCAGCUGGAGUUCAAGUUGGAAGACGGCAGAGAGCACAGGUUGUAGGCGGCCAAAAUGGCCUCUCGUUGGUCCGCCAUCCUCUUCCUUCUUCUCUUCCUCCUCAUCACCUCACUGCUGCGACUGCAGGCAAGGCCGCUCCUCAUCCAGUCCUCCAUCAACGUGGCAGUGGUGUUCAGCGGCUCCAGCUAUCAGAAUGAGGUCAGAGGUCGUCUCAGCGGGGAGAACUUUGUUGACCUGCCCGUGGUGGUCAGCCCCGUGACGGUGCUGGUCAACGACACCAACCCGCGUGACCUGCUCACGCACCUCUGCGAUACCAUGGCAACAGAGAAGUUGCAUGGCGUGGUGUUUGAGGAUGAUGUGGGCUCAGGUGCGGGUGCGCAGGUGGCAGAAGUGGCACAAAUCCUGGACUUUCUCUCCACUCAGACAUCUCUGCCGAUUGUGGGCAUCAGCGGCGGCUCUGCAGUUGUCAUACCAUACAAGGCUGAGGGAUCCUCCUUUUUGCAGAUGGGGGCUUCUCUAGAGCAGCAAGUCAUCUGCAUGUUCAAGUUAUUGGAAGAGUACGACUGGGGCGAGUUUGCAGUCAUCACCAGCCUGCUGCCAGGCUACGACACCUUUGUGGAUAUAGUUCAGUCAUACACGGACACUUCCUACUUCCUGUGGAAUCUUCAGGAUAUCAUGUCUCUGGAAAUGUCUGUCGGGGCCAAUGAUAUGAAGACCAAACGAGUGCUGCAGCAGGUGGACUCCCAGGUCCUGCUGGCAUAUUGCUCCCACGAGGAAGCUAAGUACUUGUUUCGUCAGGCGGCUGAGGUGGGCCUGCUGGGGCCAGGUUACAUCUGGAUCCUCCCCAGUCUAGCCGUGGGCGACCCCGACAGCCCCCCACCUGCCACGUUCCCUGUCGGUGUGAUCGGCGUGACAACAGAUCAGUGGAGGAAAAGCUUGCGGCAAAGAGUGAGGGAGGGUGUUGCUAUUGUAGCCAAAGGGGCAGAGAGUUUCAAGAGGGAUUAUGGUUUUAUUCCUGAAGGAUAUGGUGAUUGCAACAAACCAGCUAAACACACGGGCAACAACACUCUGUUCAGGCACAUGCUGAAUGUAACAUGGGAAAAGAGAGAUCUGUCCUUUAACAACCAAGGCUUCCUCUCCAACCCCGCUAUGAUCAUCAUUGCUCUGGACCGGGAGAGACUAUGGGACAAGGUGGGCACGUUUGCGCGGGGCAUCCUGCAGGUUCGCUACCCCAUCUGGCCCCGGUACGGCAGCUUCCUGGAACCAGUGUCUGAUGACCGUCACCUAACUGUGGCCACCCUGGAGGAGCAUCCCUUUGUCAUAGUUGAGAACGUGGACCCGGGAACGGGCACGUGUGUCCGCAACACUGUACCCUGCAGGCGUCAGUCCAAUCAAACAGAAAGUAUAAUCGGGCACUCGGAGUCCUACACCAAGUUGUGUUGCAAGGGAUUCUGUAUAGAUAUCCUUAAAAAGCUGUCCCGAAACAUCAAGUUCUCCUUUGACCUUUACCUGGUCACUAAUGGAAAACACGGCAAGCUGGUCCACGGGACUUGGAACGGGAUGAUUGGGGAGGUUGUGUACAGACGAGCCGACAUGGCUAUUGGCUCCCUCACCAUCAAUGAGGAGCGCUCAGAAAUCAUUGACUUCUCUGUGCCAUUUGUUGAAACAGGCAUCAGUGUAAUGGUCGCGCGCAGCAAUGGAACGGUAUCCCCGUCUGCCUUUCUUGAGCCCUAUAGCCCGGCAGUUUGGGUCAUGAUGUUUGUGAUGUGCCUGACAGUUGUGGCUGUGACAGUGUUUGUGUUUGAAUACUUCAGCCCGGUCGGCUACAACCGCAGUUUGGUGAGCGCCAAAGCUCCUGGUGGUCCAACGUUUACCAUCGGGAAGUCGGUGUGGCUGCUGUGGGGCAUUGUGUUCAACAACUCUGUCCCCAUUGAAAACCCGAAAGGAACAACCAGUAAAAUCAUGGUUCUGGUCUGGGCCUUUUUUGCUGUUAUCUUCCUGGCUUCCUACACAGCCAAUCUGGCUGCUUUCAUGAUACAGGAACAGUACAUUGAUACAGUGUCUGGACUGUCUGACAAGAAGUUCCAAAAACCACAGGAGCAUUACCCUCCUUUUCGCUUUGGGACGGUCCCAAAUGGGAGCACAGAGAGAAAUAUCCGCAGCAACUACCCCGACAUGCACACACACAUGAUGAAAUACAACCAGAAAGGGGUGGAGGAAGCCCUGGAGAGCCUCAAAACCGGGAAGCUGGAUGCCUUCAUCUACGAUGCUGCUGUUUUGAACUACAUGGCUGGGAAGGAUGAGGGCUGCAAACUGGUGACUAUUGGCAGUGGGAAAGUGUUUGCCACCACAGGAUAUGGUAUCGCUCUGGUGAAAGAAUCCCGCUGGAAGCGGCCAAUAGAUCUUGCAUUGCUACAGUUCCUUGGAGAUGGAGACACAGAGCGCUUGGAGACAGUUUGGUUGUCAGGCAUCUGCCAGAAUGAGAAGAAUGAAGUGAUGAGCAGCAAACUGGACAUCGACAACAUGGCGGGCGUAUUCUACAUGCUUCUGGUGGCUAUGGGCCUCAGUUUGCUGGUCUUUGCAUGGGAACAUCUGCUCUACUGGAAACUACGACACUCGCUUCACAAGUCUGAUAAACUUGACUUCCUUUUGGGCAUCAGCAGGGGUAUUUACAGUUGUUUCAAAGGAGUGGAGGAUCCUGGGCAUUCGUCUGGUUUGGCUAAACAUGACCUGACUUCCAGCUAUGCUCAAGCAAACAUGCUCAAGAUGCUUCGCACUGCGAAGGACCUGGUCUCCACCGCCAACGUUGAGAGCUCCCUAGACAAUGCUACAAAGACCAUAGAGCAGUUGAGUCGGCAUGGCGGCAGCUUGCCUGUUCGUGUUCCGCAAGUGGCGACUGAGGUUGUGCCAGGAGGUUUUGCUUAUGUUGCAGAAAAUCAUUUAUCUCUUCCUCAGCGCUCUCUUACCCCGCCUCUUACUGCCGCUCCCACUUUCAAACCGCGAAGGGGCGUAACCAGGCCAACACCACUACGUUACACGCUUCCGACUCGUUCAUCAUCGUGUCUGUACGACAGACCACUUCCUGUGUCCAGCCUGAGCAGCCCACACCUGGCUGCAGGAGAACCGCUGCCUCAUCAGCACACGCACCACUACCAGACUACUGGAAGAGUCUAUGUGGACACCCACUCUCACUCCCCUUUCAUCCCAUACAAUGACCUCCAACUACCUGACAUAUACACCUCUCAUCCAGUCGCUUCUUCCCAAAACCAACAUGUUCAAGUGGGCUUCAAUCAACGGAAAAGGAGAUCCAAGAGUUUUCAAUGUGAAGAUGUGGAUAUAGAAAGGAGAACACAUGGGGAACUGGUGAAAAGCGACAAAGGUCCCGUCACUCUGACUGAGCUCAAAGCCAAACACCUCCAAAACAAUCAUACAUCCUCCCCAGUUAUUGACAACAUGUAUUCAGGUGAAAAGACUUUGCCUCGGGUGGAGAAUUACUCCUCUUGGCCCCCGGAGGACCUUGUUCUGAGAGGGAGACGCAGGCACCGCCGCCCCUCUUUUCUGAAAGCAACUUGGGGCGGUGAGCAGGUUCGCCAGCUUGAUGAGUCCCAGUCUUCUCUGUCCAGCCAAUCACCCUCAACCCUGCCAGACUUGUUUCCAUGCCUUCUAAGUCCAUCAACAUCCGCCAAGGCUCACAACCCUGCCCAUCUUCGAAACAACCUGUGCCUCCCAAGGAACCAGGCCUACCUCCACAUUAGGGAGGACCAGAGGAAGCCUGUCGGGCGGAAGGGCCAAAGGCUGCGCUAUUCCCACUCGACUCACCUCCCGACAUAUGGAGAAGCACUGCGAUAUGGAACUGGGUUGGGGCGUGGUGUGAUGCGGAGAGCCACCAGUUUGCUCAGCCGACAGUAUGCGCACUACCUGAACUCGUACCCGGGAAUACCGCUCUACCAUGGUCCAGUGGACCUGCAACACCACAGCCAGGCUUCCACCCCAGUGUGCCAGCUAUUGGCAUGUGGGGGCGGGCAAUGUGGGGGACAGGGGGGCCUGGUGUAUCAGGACAGCAUGUAUGGGGCCUAUGGUGUGUAUCAGGGGUCUCAGACCGGAUCAGAGCCUCAGGCAGUGCAGGGAGCAGGGGGCCAUCCUGUGGGGAGUCCUUGUGUACUUCGGCCUUGGCGGCGGGUGUCCAGUCUGGAAUCUGAAGUCUGA